GUCUUGUGUGCGGCAGCCAUAACACGCGGUAUAAGUUCGGUCAUCAGAGUUCACUGCAUGAUACGUGCGAGUUUGAGAAAGAGCGGUUCGGUCGACAACUUUUGCGGAACGUCGCACAGAUCUGUUUUAUAGUUCCAAAAAUUCAUACAUAUUUAUAACGAUUGUGUGAUUGCGUUUCUUUGUUAAUUUUCAAACGUAAAUAAUAAGAUGGUGCCUCUCGGUCCUUCACCAGGACAUCAGACGUCGGUCAACAAUUCUUCUGCAGCUGGUAGCGGCACGAAGAGCAACGCAAUAUCGAAGCCUAAUUAUUCAUUAAAGUUUACUUUGGCUGGUCAUAACAAAGCAAUAUCAUCUGUUAAGUUUAGUCCAAACGGAGAAUGGUUGGUAAGCUCUGCGGCGGAUAAAAUGCUAAAGGUUUGGGGAGCAUAUGAUGGAAAAUAUGAGAAAACUAUAUCUGGUCACAAACUUGGUAUUUCGGAUGUAGCAUGGUCUAGUGACAGCAGAUUGUUGGUAUCAGCUUCUGAUGAUAAGACUUUAAAACUGUGGGAGUUAAGUUCUGGCAAGUGUUUAAAAACAUUAAAGGGUCACAGUAAUUAUGUUUUCUGUUGUAAUUUUAACCCACAGUCCAAUCUUAUAGUUUCUGGAUCUUUUGAUGAAAGUGUACGCAUUUGGGAUGUUAGAACUGGAAAGUGUCUUAAAACAUUACCAGCACAUUCAGAUCCUGUGAGCGCGGUACAUUUCAAUAGGGAUGGCUCUUUAAUUGUUUCGAGUAGUUAUGAUGGACUGUGUCGAAUUUGGGACACUGCUUCAGGACAAUGUUUAAAGACUUUGAUAGAUGACGACAAUCCUCCGGUAUCGUUUGUCAAAUUUUCACCAAAUGGAAAAUAUAUUUUAGCCGCUACGUUGGACAAUACUUUGAAGCUUUGGGAUUAUAGUAAAGGAAAAUGUUUAAAAACGUAUACCGGUCAUAAAAACGAGAAAUAUUGCAUCUUUGCCAACUUUUCUGUGACAGGCGGAAAGUGGAUUGUAUCUGGUUCUGAGGAUAACAUGGUGUACAUUUGGAAUCUACAGACAAAAGAGAUUGUACAAAAGUUACAGGGUCACACAGAUGUGGUACUUUGCACAACGUGUCACCCAACGGAUAAUAUUAUAGCUUCCGCUGCUCUUGAGAAUGAUAAAACCAUCAAAUUAUGGAGAAGCGAUACAUAAAACUAACGUAGAAUUUAUUAAAGUUAUAAAAAUCCUUGUACAAAUCUGUUUUUAUAUAUUAUGAAAUAUAUAAUACUAAAUAUUUUC